AUGGAGGGCGCGAAUGAUUCCAAGCCAAGAGUCUACAGCAGUGUGACCGAGGGCAACGCCUCAUUCUCGCCUUUACUGAGGCUACCUCCCGAACUCAGGAUCCAAAUAUUCGAACAUGUACUGGCCAACAAGGUGAUCCAUGGUGGCCUCCGUCCUUGCCAGCCGAAUGAAGAUGGAGGCAUCACCUACUCAUCGAUUGCAUAUGACUUCGUUGAUCGAUACAAGCCCAUGUACGCAGUCUGCAAGUCGGUGGGUGUUCACUGGGAUCAUGCGUAUGCUGAGAGUUGCUCUCCACCGGCCGUCCUGGACCACAGCUAUACAGCCGAACAUCUGGCAUGUCACAGUAUCAUGAACGACUUGAGAUGGCAAAACUAUAUGGGCCGACCGGUCUUCAACUGCGAAUGUGCUCUCCGGCCAUGCUUCCACUUCUUCGCUCAUAGAAGGUCUUUGAUCGAGCAAUAUGGAGAGCCGCCUGAAGGUGUGCACAGGAUGCAUGCCGACACCAAACUACAUCUUAGUCUUCUCUUCGUCUGUCGGCAGUUCUACAAAGAGGCGGCACUCCUGCCUUACAGUGGUAACACGUUCGCAUUCAUGGUUCCGCUUGAUCUUAAUGUUUUCCUUGAAGAGGUUCUGCAAUCUUAUCAGCGAAAUGCCAUCCAGCACAUUCAAGCGUUCUUCGGGGCCAUGUCGAAACCGACGCUUCCUGGCAGGAUACCUUCUGGUCUUCAACAUCUCGAUUGCUACAUUCGCAUCAUUGAUUUCAACCUGGAAUCAGAAGAAUUCCGUGAGCCGGCGGAACUCGAAACUUGGAUUGGCGAAUUUGAAAAUGUCCAAGUCAUUGUUGGUGAUGGAGGCAUCAAGCCGAUCUCGAAAGACAAAUUAUUGCUGAGACGACACCACGACGAGGUUCUGUUUUAUCGGCUUCUCAGCUCUCCGACAUCGACUGACAUGUCGUCUACACCGGUCGUACGCGCUAAACACGAGCUGGAACGAGGAUCCAAGGAUAUCAAGCACUGUCGGUCCGAGGUCCAAGCAUGUAAAAAGAGCAUAAUAUCAGCUGGAAAUCAUCAGGUUGCUUUACAACGAUGGGUGUACAAAAUAUCCAGAUCGUCCUCUCUGGAACCCCGAGCAAACACAACGAAUUCGAUUCUGAUCAAACGCUUUCGCAUCGGAUGCGUGGAGGCGGUGUAUUGCGAGAGUCCCGAGAUCAAGAUCCUUGGUUUCGACCUUUGUGCGGCCUUUUCAAGCAGAAUUGAAACGCACGCUAGACCGAUUGUCAUGACGAUGAUGAUGACGGACUCCCCUGAUCAUGGCGAUUCAGAGCAAGUAAUUCGAGCGGAAGUACUAUUGCUGGCGCCAGGGGGUGUCACUUGCUGCGCACAUAGGGAUUUCAACCAUACGAAGAAGGGACCCACCGCAGCGGCGACUGACUGGCUCGUCGACGCAGACUACCAGCUGAAAGGUUUGAGUUUGCUUCACUCCAAAACUUCAAGGUUGACGUCACAUGCCAUCGCGUCGCAGGCCCUCUAUCUCUUCCAUGCUCUUCUCGAUCCUAGCUCGACUUUCAAUCAACCAUCAUCGACAAUAGACACAAAAACAAGAAGCAUCCAGAACGACAUGGCGGGAAUGGAUAAUAUACUGGUGGCCAAGAACAAGGACUUCAUCAGAGGCACUUUUGUCGCCGUGCUAGUCGGCGACGAGAAAGAGCGGUGUUUCGUACACAAGCGGCUCAUACAGCGUCGCGCUCUGAACCUCAAUAAGUUCAAGACCCCAGCUUUCGGCGAGUAUCUCUAUCCGCGCACCGGAGUCCCUACAUUCGAGCUAUACGUACAUCAUCUCUACACUGGCGAGAUCCAAUGUAGAAUUCCGUCUAAGAACUGGGACACCGAGAUACAAGAAGAAAUCCUCGUGGACUUGUACAAUUUGGCGCAUGAUCUUGGAGAUGACAUUACCAAGCACGCUGUGCUGAAGGCCUUCCUCGAAGAGGCGAAGAGGUCGCGCAGUCUGGGCAGGGAUAUCGCACCAAGCCAAUCUACUUUGAAUAAGGUCAAUCGCUCACUUAGCUUCGAUGAGCCGUUAUGCCACUUGCUCAUCGACCUGUGUGUGUGGGAGAAGGAAUUCGACGCGGGCUUAUACGAGGGCAUACCGGCAGAGUUCACCAUUGAGGUGUUGAAGAGGGCUUGCGAGAAGCUGCAGAAAGGCGACACCAAGAGCGUCAUCGACAAGACCUGCUGCGACUAUCGUGCGCUGAAGGAUAACCAGCAGUGCGGCAGCAAGAAGCGCAAGCGAAGCGAGGCCGAAGAUCUGCGAAGAGGAACAACCGUCUUUCGGCUCAGCAGCAAUUGCAACAAGGCUAUGAAUCUCCUAUGGUUGACAAUGGCGCUACGAAAGCGUUGGGAUACAUCCCCAGUACAAGUUCCCGUCAUUCUUGAACGCUUUGGCACUACCCAGAUCCACGACUCAACAUUGCCGUAUGGCGGAUCAGGCUGCCGCUUCAAUGAGAUCGUCAGAUCACAUUGCUUGUCGCUUACUGUCAGAACUGGACUUCACUUCACUUACGCAGCUUGUGCCUCACGUUUCCACACAGUAAAUUUUGUCACAUGCUUAUCUGCGGAAGGCAGGAAGGGCUGGCUUGGCAGCUGCCUCCGCAAGGAAGGCACACACGAAGCGUCGGGAAGGAGACAGCGCUGGAGCCUGGCUGGUGUCAACAGACGGAUGACAGUCUUGGCCUUUUCAAUCCAUACCACAUUCCACCACCCACACUGCAUCGCCUCCAAUUCCACCACAGAGAACAACACAAUGCCUGAACAGCAGGAUCCACUUACAGCUUUCUCUGCCAAGCUAUCAGAGUACUGUUCGCUGACAUCUCGAAGCAUAGAUGGUGCCACUGUCGCUGUCCACGUUGCCACCGGAGGAACGUGUUUUGUGCACAAAUCGCUGCUAGAGCGACGUGCACCCAAGAUCAAGAACUAUUUCAGAAAAAAGUCCCUAACCUACGAUCUGACCCUUGUCGACCAAUCCGAAGUAUUUGAGGUAUACGUGCACUAUCUCUACACCGGCGAGAUCCAGUGCAAAGAGGCCGGUGUCUAUGGGUGGGAGGAGCAAAAUGAAGCACUUGUCGACUUCUAUGUACUAGCGGAGAAGCUUGGCGAUGGGGUUGCCAUGCACGCUGCAAUGCGAGCACUUCUCAGAGUCUUCAAAGUUCGUCGGGCCACUGGAUCGUCGGACGCUUGGCCCGAAAACUUGCCGCUACAGCUUGCUCACGACGCCACCGACACGGAUUCACCAUUGUGCAGAAUGAUGGUCGAUCUAUGCGUGUGGUGCGCAGAUCCGCAGGCUCAGGAUCUGGAUCUGCCUCAGGAGCUUGCAAAUGAGGUCAUGAGGACGGCUUUCGAGAGGUGGAGAAGAGGCGAGAGUCAUCUGAAGGGCGCUGAUACUGCGACUUGCUGUGACUACCAUCAGCUCGAAGAUGGUCAGCAGUGCGGAAGUAAGAAGCGGAAGCGCAGCGAGAACAGUCAAAUCAAGGGCCGCGUUGGACUGGCACAGACAUGCUCGCCAGGCCAGACUUAA